AUGCCCUCCACCCCUGACACCAGCGUGCGCGACCUGUACGACUACGACUCGCUGGCUGAGAAGGGUUACAGCGACGGUGGCGACAGCCCCGCAUCCACGCCCCACCUUGGAAAGGGCGAGUUCAAUGCCAGUGUAAGCGCACAAAAUGCUGGACGCGCUAUCGCCGCGCGCGCAGCCCGCACUGCACGCCGCGGCAACCUCCCUUUCCUCAUCAUCUUCCUCAUCGCUCUGUUCGUCUUCUUCGGAGCCCUCGCGGGCGUGGGCUACGUCGACCCUGAGGCGGCGUCCGUGAUCCCCGAGAACGAGUUCAUCGUCGGCGGACCAGUGUUUGACGCUUCGGAGGGCCAGCUCCGCGAGCUCCAGAUCCAGGAGCAGCGCGAGCGUGAGCAGCACUGGCUCAAGAAGCAGCGCCCUAAUGCCGGCGCUUGGAUGCACAAGCACCGCGAGGACGGCGCAGUCCGCCUGCGGCCCGGACAGAAGGCCGAAGCCUGGUUCGGCGACCAAGCACACGUCGACGGUCACCACUGA